ACCGACCUAGUGGUUGGCAGUCAUUGAAUACUAGGUUCGUUGGUACUGGGAAACUUAGGGCUCCCAAGCUCAAUGGCUAACUCUAGAUCAUUUGCUUGGUACCAGGAACUGAAUUACACAAAGGCAGAAGAAGAAUUCAAAUAAUUUUGUGCUCAAUACGAUGGAUAAUUCGAUCAAAAAGGCGAUAAUAAAAUUACCGAAUAUACGAACAAACUUCUUGUUAAUAUCUAUGGAUAAAGUUACGGCUAAUGCCGGCGCGGAAGUAGUUGCAUGUAAUUUUGUGUGAUGUUUCAUUUCCUAAUCAAUAAAAUGCAGUUUUGUUUGAUAAAAUAUCUUUUUUUUUCCCUUUUUUGAAUAGUCACUUUUUUCUUGCAUGGUUGAUUGCAAUCGGAUUUAUUAUAGGAAAAGGGAAAGCCAUCCUAACGCAUGCAGUAUUGAUUCCCUGUACAGCCGUAUAAACUCCCAAGGAAGUGUAUAAUUUCUAUUCAAUCGGAAUUAGUAAUUAACUUUAGUUUAUUUAUUCAUAAUCCAUUCCUUUUACCCAUUACAUUAAAAAGAGCCACCAGCUACUAUCUGCGCAUCAUAAGCUACAGUUGCUUUCAAGUGAACAAUGGUUACUAAAGUGAUUCCAUUCUCCAACUCUGAUCAAGAUGAUGUGACCGUACCGUCGAAAUGGAAAAUUUUUAAACUACAGCGUAUGAUUCUGCUUGUCUUCGAUUGCUGGCCGUCAGAUCAUUUAAGACGUCCUUGGUAUAUGAAGGCUUUUGCCGCCAUUAAUCUACUAACGCUUGCGGUGUGCAUUCUGGGUGAAUCACUGUAUACUAUCCAAUCUUACCGGAACGGUCGUUUAGACGAAACUAUCGAAAGCAUUUGCCCAACCGCAUCUCGUAUCUCCGGACUCAUACGCAUGAGUUUCAUGCUAAGCAACAAGCAAAAAAUCGUGAACGUUCUUAACAGGAUCAGCAACAUAAUUCAAAGUAAGUAAAUUUUCUAAGGCGUUGUUGGCUUCCUUACCUCAAGCUUGUCCCAAGAUCUUGUGAUUUGGAGAACCAAAUCACUUACUCCAUAAGUGUUUGCAUAUUUCAAGACAAAGUGAAAAAAAACUAUCACCAAACACCAAAUGUUCAUAAAUCGUUUGUUUAUGAUCUUUAUUCUACUGAGCAGAUCAGCAUCCACGUGAAAAUAGUGAUACUACUCGAUUAAUGUUACUCGGACAACAGUUUACGAAAUAUAUGUUGUAUGGAGGUUACGGUGUCGGUGCAUUAUACGGUGUUAUACCGUACAUCAUCAUGACUUACAAUUGGUUUCAAGGCCAAUAUCCUCUCGUAAAGCAUCUACCAUUCAAAAUGUUGCUACCAUUUGAUUCGCAAGAUCCGGUCUUGUUUACAUUAACAACCAUAUUUCUUAAUUAUGCCUCAAUUCCUACCAAUUCCUCGAUGUUGGGCGAUGUUACACUGUUCAACGGGAUCUGCCUAUACAUUUCUGGUCAGUUUCAGGCCAUCAAGUUGGAAUUGGAAGCUAUUUCAGCGACACUCGACAAUAACUCCGUGAAGAGCUCCGCUUCCGAAACUCGACGUGUAAAUCUCGAACUAAGGCGCAUCUGUAAGCGUCACCAGGAUAUCAUUGAUUUGGUGGCAGAAACUCGCAAUGCUUUUGCGUCUAACAUUCUAAUCAUUUACAUCUUCGCAUCUAUCAUGAUAUGUGUUGUUUGCGUUGCUGCAAACACAGUAAGUAUGUACCUUGUUGUAGUGGAACUUUCUUACAAAUAUAGGUUUUAUUCACUACAGGUCGAAGGAGUUUAUAAGCUCAUCUAUGUACCCUACACGAUGUCUGUACUCACGUUUUUGUUUUUUCACUCGUACAGUGGAACGAUCAUCUCCGAUUCGAGCGAUUCCGUACAAACGAUGGCGUACGAUUUCCCUUGGUAUCGAUUCGAUUGCAACACUCGUCACCUUAUUCAAAUGAUGAUGAUUAGAGCUCAAUACGGAUGUAACGUUGACGUUCCAUUUUUCAGCACAUCCUUGGUCACCUUCUCAGUGAUCGUUCGAACCGCUUCAUCGUACGUCACAUUGAUGCAAUCGUUUUUGUAAUGUGCAGCGUUGUGUGUACGGGAGUGCAAAAAUAAUUACACUAGUGAAAUCAUAAAUGCCCGAUCCAUUGUACUUCAGUUGCUGCAACCGUUUAGUUUCAUAUAACUAAACAAAAAAAAGUAGAUACAAUCUGCACCUGAUACACAAGACGAUCAUUUAAAUUACUCAACAUUAGAAGCCGUAGUUCCUUUACCUCAUGGUAUUAAGUGAUAUAGUUCAUAUUUUUAAUUCUUAUUUUAAAUGGGAUAAUUGAAUCUUAAAGAGGGUUAUUUUGAAUCCCAAACCUGCAUUGCAUACUUUUAGGCGCCGCUUUUCAUCGCCGAGUCCUAGAGACGAGUUUUGGCUUGAUAUUCACGUUCGAAAUAGUGCUUAUGGUGUAUUCAACUAAAAACAAAAAAGUUUAUACAAUAUUAUCAUUACACUAUUGAACAGAAGAUAGAGAAUGUACAACGAAAGAUGAGACAGGGAACCAUUACUUACAAAAAUAAUUUAAUCUUCUCAAACUUAAAUUACAACAAUCGACGCCACGCACAUAAUAAUAUAAUGUGUUGAUAACUGUAUCCUUUCUAGCUCUAAACAUGUCUAUCGUUAACCUAUUCAAAUGACGCUCAAAUCUCUGAAGCAAACUUCCUGCUUUCGGCUGAAUGCUAAAGUGGCAUCCAUUGUGCAAAGCUCCCGUAUCAUGAACAAUGCUAUGCUUGGCAUCAUUCUAUCAUUUAUAGGUCCAUCAUCAGCAACCUUUCAUCUUCUGCACCUGAUCUGUCAACGGCACGAUCAUCCACUAAGACCACACAAAGGUCUUGCACAAAGGAAAGCAGAACACAAAUGAAGCUAGUAGAAUGUGAAACGAAGGAUAGAAACACGAAACGAAAAAAUAAGCUCAACCUAGUCGGUCGGAUAGUAGUACCCAGUCGACAUACAUUAGCAUUGCAUACGCACAGCACACCGCACAACCACCACCGGGCUAGGAAUUGGACAAAAGAUUUUAAUUAUAUGCCUUAAUGAGUCUAAUAAAAGAAGAUAAUUAUCUAUGCAAAAUCGAGCGUCUGUGAGCACCGUACAUGGUGCCACUGUCUGUGGGCAGUGUGUGGAAAAUGAGAUAACCAUAAAGCUGGCAAUCGGCAUCCACCGGUACCGUUUUUACUUUCCUUUUAUCCGGGCAAAACACGGCCACCCGAUGGGUGCUGUUUGCUGCUGGAAUCAAAAGGACGCUUCAGGAUUCCGCGUUUCAUUCGUUUGCCUUUUUUUCUCAUUGUAGUUUGCCUUCGCUAGCCCAUAAUUGGUAUGAUUAGCGGCUUGCUGCUUUUAUGCAACUAAGUUUCAUCGAGGCAGAAAAUCGAACGAAAGAAAUUAUAUCAUGUGCUUUUACUAUAUUUUCACCAUGCUCUUCAUUUUACUUUACCACCGCCGUGUGUCGUCACUUUCGCGACUUUCCUUUCGGGGUGACAUUUUAAAUUAAUAAAUUAAUUCUUCUUUUUUUUGCUAAUUGAAUACAUGCAAAACAUAUAAUUUAUUGUCCAGGGUACCAUAUUUUUACUGCGCCACACAUACACACAGUUCGUUCUGAGAUGCUAAUUUAUGCAAAACAUAUUUAAUCCUUAAAUUCCUGUCGUGUUCCACACGGGUGAACCCGGUUGCUAGUACAACAACCAUUUUGUUGAAAGAUUAUUCACACCGAUGUGAAGAUGAAGAUAGGAACUGGAAAAAAACACACACACACACACACCACGGUAGGGCCCAUCUGUCUUCGACUGAA